AUGGGCCAGAGCGCUGUGCUUCCUCCAAGGAGGAAGGAUACGUAUGUUCUGGAACUUCAUGUGUGGUACAGAAAAUUCAUCAAAGAGUGUCCUAGUGGGUUGAUCACCCUUCAUGAGUUCAGGCGCCAUUUUUGUGAUGGGACCGUAGGUCCCAAGUCUUCUGAAUAUGCCGAGCAGAUCUUCAGGACUCUGGAUGAUAACAGGGAUGGGACAGUUGAUUACCAUGAAUAUGUGACCGCUAUCAGUCUGCUGAUACAGGGCAGUCCGGAAGAAAAACUAAAGUGGUCAUUUAAAUUAUACGACAAGGAUAAAGAUGGAGCAAUUACACGUUUAGAGAUGCUGGAAAUUAUGCAGACGAUAUAUAAAAUGAGUUUGGCAGCUUCACUGACUAAAGUUGACCCCCAAACAGCAGAAGAAUGCACCAACAGAAUUUUCAUUCGGCUGGACAAAGACAGAGAUGCUGUUAUCAGCCAGAAGGAAUUUAUUGAAGGAGCUCUGGGAGAUCAGUGGAUCCGUGCAAUGUUGGAAUGUGAUCCCAAUACAGUUGAUGUUCCAAGGUCUCCUUAGAUGUCUCACUCUGCUUAUGAACGCUUCAUAUUGAAAAUUCAACAGGCUUGAUGUGAACGAGAGCGAAACCCAAUCAGUCAGGAGGGAAACAGCUGUGAAGAAUGCAAAGUUAAAGGGAAGUACUGGUACUGAAAAUAAAAGGAACAUUCUGAAAUCAACAUCUAAGGACAGAAUUCACAAUUUUAUCACAUGUUAUCACAUUUGUCCCACAUGCCAGUGUUGAAAAAUGCAAGAAGCAACUUUCUAAUAAGGAGAGAUGAUAAUAUCACAUGUAAUUCUGAGGCUAAUGUUCCUGCAGCUAGGGUUCAAAUCUCCCACAGCUGUCCGUGAAAUUUGAAUUCAACUAAUAAACCUGAAGCUUGAAACUACAUUGGCAAACAUUCACUUCCUCCACACCGACGCUCAGUAUGUACCAUUUACAGUAAAACUUCACUGGAGCUGCUUCGACAGUACCGAUCAAAUUUGUGAUUACUAACAUGAAGAUGGACAAAGGGAGCAAGUACAUGGGAAUGUUAACCCUGAAAGUUCCCCUCCAACCACACACACAACUUGGAAAUGUAUUGCUGUUCCUUCAGUACCACUGGGUCUAGAUCCUGGAACUCUCACCCUAACAACACUGUGGAUGCAUCCACACCCUAUAGAUUGCAGCAAAUCAUGAAGACAGUUCACCAUUAUCUUCCUCAGGGCAACUAAGGAUCCAGCCAGCAUCGCCCACACCUUGUGAAUGAAGAAUAAGCAGGUUAUUAAGCCAGUGAGUGUGAAACGAUCAUCGAUUAUUGUAUAAACCCAUUUGGUUCUCUAAUGUCCUUCAGGGAAGAAAUUCUGUCAUCCUUACUUGGUCUGGCCAACAUAUGACCCCAAGGAAUGUAGUGUGUCUCUUAAUCGACCGUGUGCAGUUAUUAUACUGAGCCACUCAGUCCCAGGGCUAGCCUUGCCAAUAAUUUCCAAUGAAUUAAAGAAAAAAUCUUGGCAUAAGUGAGCUAAACCCUGAUUUGACAACAUCAUGGACCAUAGGAUAAAGAUUCGCUGUACUAUAUUUGCAUGCUCCAGAAUGACGCAUCACUCAAUGCCAGAGUGCACUGCCUCUGAUAAUUCAGUCUAAACAGGAUAGCAAUUGCUCAGAGGGGAGCUCUGAAUUCAAAGGGCAUGGUUCAGGACUCCACUCUAGAGAUUUAGACAUUGCAUUGUAAGAGUGAGCGAAAGUUAAACGGUCAGAGAUGAGUUUUUUGGACGAGUUUAUUCAUUCAUGCAGGUGGCAUGGGUGUCAUUGUGUGAGCCAGCAAUAAUUGUCCAUUCCUGGUUGCCAUUGAGAAGGUGGUAGUGAGCUGCCUUCUUGAACUGCUGCAGGUAGAACCACAAUACCAUUAUGGUGCAGGCUCCAAAUGCUAACCUUACUCUGCCCUCUCAGGUGAACACAAAAAUCCAAUGAUCACUAUUUUAAGGAAGAGCAGGAGAAUAGUUGCCAAUGUUUCUGGUUGAUUCUCAUCUCUCAAUUGACAUCUCUAAGUGGAUUAUUAAUUCAUUAUCAUUUUUAUGGUGUGCACAAAUUUGCUGCCUUUCCCAUCAUUACACCAGUGGUUGGUCUUCAGAAGGAUUUCAUUGGCUGUAAAGUGCUUUGGCGUGCACUGAGGAGGUACAUGGCUCUAUAGAAAUGCAAGUUCUAUCUUUUUACUUCCUGUAAUGAGCUGUAGGAACAGUAAAAUGGAAUUUUGCUUCCUCAAUCUCUGCUGCUUUGCAUUAUUGCAACAUUAUCUAAUAUGUAGUUCAACCAAACUAUCUUUGCAGACCAACAGCAGCGUAUUAGAACAACUUUAAUGUUAUGUACCAAGGAGGUGCAGCUCCUGGAUGCUAUUGUUACUAUGGCACAGUAUGUGAUUCAAUUUCUCAAUAUGAUUUAGACUGUAAAGAGGACAUUUGGAUCAGAUUACUUCUAAUAAAUAGAAA